AUGAAUUCAAAUAACGACGAUUUGGUAGUAAAGAAAAACAAUAAUAAUAUUAUUCUUUCAUCAAAAGGUUUAACUAUUCUACAAACAUGCGUUUCUGGUAUGGUUAUGGGUUUUAUUGCUUACAGUGGAUCCUUUUCGGCAGUACCAAUAUUUUUUACAGUAACUGCUCUGAUGUUCGGUACAAAAUCAUUGAUUACAAUAAUGGCAACAGCUUUUGGUCAAUUAGCUGCUGGUUAUCUUCAUACACAUUCUUCACGAACUGGUAUGGCUAUAAGUACGAAGUUAUUUCAUGGAUUUUAUAUAGCAAAACCAGAAAUGAGAAACCGACGACAACAUGAUGAAACAAGAUGGAAUAGUUUAAAACGUUUUUUUCUAUUAGCUCCAAUGAAUGCUCUUGUACUUAAUUUCAUGUGGGAGACAUUCACUUUUUAUUAUCUUAUUCAGAGUGAUUUGUUCAUCCGAUAUGUCGAAAGUUCUACUUCAAACACAAUAGAAAAUGAGAAAAGAAAUGAAACGAUUGCUUCAUCCACAACCAAAGAAAUUGAACCACAUCUUCUACUUAUACAUGGAAUAACACGUUAUCUAGCAGGUUGUUUAUCUGGAAUGAGUACUGGAAUGAUAAACCAGCUAUGGCAACGACAUCUCGCACAAAGAAAAACACCAUAUGCUGUAUUUAAUAAAGACAAAAAUAAACUGAAAUUAAGAUGGGAUGAAAGAAAAAAACUACUAUCUCCAUUAAAUAUUGAAAAUUGGAUUAAAGCCUCAACAAUGACUUUAGGAGCAUUAUUCUUUAUUGCUAGCAAUGUACCGAAUAGAACUGGAUUUCAUUUGUUAGAUAUACAUCGAAAGAAGAUAAUUACCGAUAUUCUUGUUAUUCAUGGUGGAUGGCUUUUCAUUCGAGAUUGUGAAAUGCUUCUUUUGAAAAAUGCUGAGAAAGGUCCUCAAAUUUCACCAACAGUGGCACAAGUCGCAUUGCUUGGUGAAGAAAAGAAACCAUUAGAAGAUGAGCAAUCAAAAAUGCUAUCACCCAUUGCUUAA